AUGACCACCCCCACCCUCAGCUACCUCACCACCCGCCUCCCAAGCCUCCUCCCAAAAUCAACCCACCUCUCCGACAUCCCCAACCCAUUCCGUCUAUUAGCCUCCCUCGACAGACAGAACUGGGCUUUUUUCUCGGUGGCGUUCUUUGCUUGGACAUGGGACGCCUUCGACUUUUUUACUGUUUCUCUCACCCUUCCCGACCUUGCCAAGUCUUUUGGUCGGUCACGAACGGAGAUAACGUGGGGGAUUACACUGGUACUGAUGUUCAGGACGGUGGGGGCGGUGGCGUUUGGGGUUGUGGGGGAUCGGUAUGGGAGGAGGUGGGGGUUUGUGGUUAAUAAUGGGUUGUUUGUUGUUUUGGAGUUGGUGAGUUAUUUCUUUUUUUGA